CCCAACUCAUGUGUACAAUUCUAACUUCUAAUCUAACCUAUUUCCCCCUCCACUCUACUUUAAAUUUGUGUUUAAAGAUACUACAAUUUAAGGAAAAAAUUAUCUAUUUUUUUUUUUUAAUGCUCGAAUCAGAAGUUUCAUAUUAGAAGAUAGAUGGAUCACUUUGUUAUACCACACUUCAGGGUGCUUCUCGAUUUUAAUUUCUCCGGGGACAUUUGUCAAGAAGAUGAAAAAAAACAAGACAAUCAAAUUUAAAAUUUUGAGUUUAUCAGUUCUCAAUUUUGGAGAAAUCAUUUAGCAACUCAUGGUUAAAUCGUAUCUCCAGAUGGUACAAAACCAAAAUAAAAAAAGGAAAAAUGUAUAACCCAUAAUUACAUUCUAAUCAUACAUACAGUAAUUAAAGAAUGGAUCAAAUGCACGAGUGUGUUACGUAUCAUCAACUACUCCACUAGUACUUUCUCUCCGUUUACCUUCUCUUCUCUUCUCUCUCUUUCUGCAUAUUCUCAUAACAUCUUCUACAGAUACUGCUAAACUAAUCCAAACUAAUAACAACGAACAGACAAAUAACAGUCAGUCACAGAGGGAGAAAAAAGAUAGGUGUAUUUGGAGGAAAAGUACCAAUUGUAAUGGAGAGGCUUAUCUAUACAAAUUCUAAACCCCAUCUAAAGCCUUUUCCUCGUCUUCCCCAACUCCAAUUUUCCUCUACAACACUCCCUUCCCUUGUGAAUGUUGAGUCUAGAAGACCCAAUUCGCUUUCUUGCAAGUGUCUUCACCAGUUUUCGUCUUCUGGCUCUACCUCUUCCUCAAGAUUUGGUGAUGGGCAUGUGGGAAAUUCGUCGACAUCGAAGGAUUUGCCUGAUGGGUCGGGUCAGAAGACCCAUUUUCUCAAUUGGGUUGCUCAAACUCUGUCUCCGCAACGAAAGGUGGUUUCUGCAAGUACAGUAGUCCUAGUCUCAGCCAUGCUAGUUAUGCUCCUCCACCCAGUCAUUGUUUCACCUGCUUUUGCUAGUUUCCAACGUGCAGCUAAGGCUGGGGGUCCAGCUGCCGCAGCAGUGGGGACUCAACUCGUACGUAAUGAACUACUAACAAGUGCAUGGGCUGGUUUCUUUGCUGGUUGCCUUCACACCCUAUCAGGUCCUGACCAUCUUGCUGCUUUGGCUCCUCUCUCGAUAGGACGUACAGCAAUGGAGAGUGCGGCAGUAGGAGCCCUUUGGGGCUGUGGCCAUGAUGCUGGACAGUUGAUUUUUGGCCUAUUGUUUCUUGUCUUAAAGGACCGACUCCACAUUGAAGUUAUUCGUACAUGGGGGACAAGAGUCGUUGGCCUCACCCUUCUUGUCAUCGGAGCAAUGGGAAUUAAGGAAGCAUCUGAAGUUCCUACACCAUGCGUUGCCCUUGAAAAUGGUGACUGUGAUGUUAGUGUAUACGAAGGCAUUGACACCCCCAUCGUUGGGAAGAAGAAAAAGAUAGGCUUAGCAACUUUUGCUACUGGAAUUGUCCAUGGGCUGCAACCGGAUGCACUGAUGAUGGUCUUGCCUGCCCUUGCUUUGCCUUCUCGUGUGGCUGGUGCUGCCUUCUUGGGUAUGUUCCUGGUAGGUACUGUCAUAGCAAUGGGAAGCUAUACCGUCUUUAUAGGCUCGUGUAGUCAGGCACUGAAGGAUAGAGUUCCUAGAAUAACAGAGAAGCUCACUUGGGCUUCUUCGCUGAUAGCAAUUGGCUUAGGACUUGCUAUUAUCGUCAGUCAAUUUUUUGGUUUUAGCCUAUAUUAGGUCAUAAGGGGAGCCUUGGCGUAACUUGUCAUGUUGUUGUCAGAAAUGCAGGGUAAGGCUGCGUAGAAUAAACCUUCAUGGUUCGGCCCUUCCAGCUUUAAUGCACCCGGUUGCCUCUUUUUUUAGCCUAUAUUAAGUCCAAUCCGGCGAUUAAAUUAGUUUACUUUCGGUGUUAGGGAUUCUCAGUUUGAUGAGGAAUAUCUUUUGAUUGAAGAGAUAUCUUGGUAGUAUUUUGCUUCUAGGAUGGACUGUAACAUUCGAUUUAUAUAAUAUUACAACAAUUUGAAGGUUAUGUGCUAGUUGUUUGAGUUAAGAUAUGAGUUCUAAGUUUCUGUUGAUUCA